UUGAUGCCAAACAGAUGAUAUUCUGAACAGAGCACUGAUGACUCAUAAAGCCAGUAUGAAGAGGAGGUUUGAGAGCAUAUCUGAAGGUGUCAUAAGAUCAGAGACUCAAACACUUCUGAACAAGAUCUACACAGAGCUCUACAUCACAGAGGGAGAGAGUGAAGGGGUGAAUAAUGAACAUGAAGUUUGGCAGGUAGAGUCAGCAUCCAGAUCGCAAACUACAGAAGACACAGCAAUCCACUGCAAUGACAUCUUCAAGCCCUUACCUGGACAGCAGAGACCCAUCAGAAUUGUCAUGACCAAGGGCAUUGCUGGCAUUGGAAAAACCGUCUCAGUGCAGAAGUUCAUCCUUGACUGGGCAGAGGAGAAAGCUAACCAGGAUGUAGAUUUCAUGUUUGUACUUCCGUUCCGUGAGCUGAAUUUGGUCAAACAUGAUCAGUACAGUCUUCACAGGCUCCUGCUGGACUUCCACCCUGAGCUUAGGGAGCUACAGGAUGGUGAAUACAAAGACUGCCAUAUUGUGUUCAUCUUUGAUGGUCUGGAUGAGAGUCGACUUCAGCUGAAUUUCCAAGAGAACCAGAAGUUGUCUGAUGUGACACAAACAUCAUCAGUGGAUGUGUUGAUGACGAGCCUCAUUCAGGGAACUCUGCUUCCCUCUGCUCUCAUCUGGAUAACCUCCCGACCAGCAGCAGCCAAUCAGAUCCCUUCUCAGUCCAUCAAUCAGGUGACAGAAGUACGAGGGUUCAGUGAUCCACAGAAGGAAGAGUACUUCAGGAAGAGGAUCAGUGACCAGAAUCAAGCCAACAGAAUCAUCUUCCACAUUAAGGCAUCCAGGAGCCUCCACAUCAUGUGCCACAUGCCAGUCUUCUGUUGGAUCUCAGCCACUGUCCUUCAGCAGAUACUGGAAGAGGAUGAUGGGAAGGAAGCCCCCAAAACUCUGACUGAGAUGUUCAUACACUUCCUGCUCAUCCAGACCACCAGGAAGAACCAGAAAUACCAAGAGGAAAAUGAUCGAGCUAGACAGAAGCUCCUGGAAUCACAUAAAGAUGUCAUACUGAAACUGGCACAGCUGGCCUUCAAGCAUCUGGAGAAUGGCAAACUCAUGUUCUAUGAGGAAGACCUAAAAGAGUGUGACAUUGAUGUGAAUGAAGCCUCAGUGUACUCUGGCAUGUGCACUGAGAUCUUCAGGGAGGAAUGUGUGUUUCACCACAAGAAGGUCUACUGCUUUGUGCAUCUCAGCAUCCAGGAGUUUCUUGCUGCACUUCAUGUGUUUGCCUCCUACUUGAGUAAAAACAUGGUGGCCCUGACACCAUUCCUCAAAGGGAAGUCCAGGUCUUUGCCAGAUGUGCCUCUACAUGAGCUGCUGAAGAAUGCUGUGAACAAAGCUUUGGAGAGCAAGAAUGGACACCUUGAUUUGUUUGUUCGCUUUCUUCAUGGCAUUUCUCUGGAGUCAAAUCAGAGACUUUUGGUUGGUCUCCUGACACACACACACAGCAGCCCUGAAAGUGAGAAGAAGACUAUCCGAAACCUGAAGGUGAUGCAAAGGCCAAAUAUCUCCCCUGAGAGGUGCAUCAAUCUGUUCCACUGCCUGGUCGAAAUGCACGACUCUUCUGUUCAUGAUGAAAUCAAGGCUUUCCUGCAGGCAGAGAGGUGUUCAGUGAAACAGCUCUCACUGGCUCACUGCUCAGCCUUGGCUCAUGUGCUUUUGAUGUCUGGGGAGGUGCUGGAUAAGUUUGACCUGAAGAAAUACAAAACCUCUCCAGAAGGUCGCAGGAGGCUGGUUCCAGCUGUGAGAUGCUGCAAAAAGGCUCUGUGAGUUAAGUUC